AACAACCGAGCACCCCCCACUCGCCGCCGCUCUGUUCAACGCUCCCUCCCCACCCGCCACCUGCCCUAUAAAUACGCGAGCGACGUCACCACCGCGGAGAUGGGAAUCGCCGCCUCCUCCUCGACCCCCGAAUCCAGGAAGAUGGCACUCGCCAAGGCCAAGGAGAUCGUCGCCUCCACUCCCGUCGUCGUCUUCAGCAAGACUUACUGUCCUUUCUGCGUCCGUGUGAAGAAGUUGUUCGAGCAACUUGGAGCAACUUUCAAAGCUAUUGAGUUGGACGUUGAGAGUGAUGGACCUGAGCUGCAGUCAGCACUUGCUGAAUGGACUGGACAAAGGACUGUUCCUAAUGUCUUCAUCAAUGGGAAGCAUAUUGGUGGAUGUGAUGAUACUAUGGCACUGAACAGCGCAGGGAAGCUGGUGCCGCUGCUGACAGAGGCCGGAGCGAUCGCCAGUUCUGGCGCAAAGGCAACUGCCACUGCAUAGUUGUGUUAAACUGCAUCCAUGCUAUGAGAAAAUAAAAUUGGAUGUUUGUAUUGCAUUGCCGUCUAGUAUCCUGUUGUAACUAAUCUGUCCCAUUUGGAACUCCUUGCAUAUCAAUAAGAUCAUCUUUGUGAGUUGUGAUUGCA